AUGGCGAGAUCACUAUUAUGGGGGGCGGCACUGGCCGCCACGGCAUUGACGAGAGGGGCAUUGGCGGUGGACGUGCUCAAGACUUCAGGCUUCACCAACUGUCAGACAGAUUCUGCGAUCCAGGUCAACAAGGUCGACAUUGAGUACAACAAGGCCGCCGGGACCGUCACAUUCGACGUGUCCGGCUCCAGCAGCAAGGAGCAGAAGGUCAUGGCCAAGCUGAACGUGACAGCCUACGGCAUCGACGUCUACUCGAACCAGUUCAACCCGUGCGAAAAUGCCACCUACGUAGAACAGCUGUGCCCAGUACCGUCGGGCACGUUCUCGGCCUCGGGAUCACAGGAGAUUUCCUCCGACUACGCCAGCCAGAUCCCAGCCAUCGCUUUCCAGGUCCCCGAUAUUGCGGCCGUAGCUACACUCGAACUUGUGGCUAUCGACUCGAACGAGGACGUUGCAUGUAUCACUUCCGAAAUCUCGAACGGCAAGACCACCGAUGUCCCGGCAGUCACGUACGUCGCGGCCGCAGUCGCCGGUAUGGCUCUGUUGAUGGGAGGAGCCACAGCCGCAAGUUCAGCUAUUGCUGGUGGCGCCGGAGCCGGAAGUGUGGCCCCGAGCCCCAGUUUCGUUGAGGUUUUCGGCUGGUUCCAAGGCAUGGCCAUGAACGGCAUGUCGGCUGUCUCACUGCCGCAGGUCUACCGAAGCUACUCCAAGAACUUCGCGUUCUCGGUUGGCCUCAUCCCGUGGACCAAGUUGCAGAUGUCAAUUGACGACUUCCGGGCUGCCACCGGUGGAAAUCUGACAGAGGACAGCGUGCAGUUCCUGCAGAAUGCUACGCUUGUGUUCAACGAUGGCUCAACCGAGUCUCUUGCUGACGACUCGUCCUCGAAGUUCAAGCGUGCUAUGUAUGCUUUCGGCAAGCUUGCGGCUCGGGAAAUCAACACCAGCGUCAACGAGACCGAUUCCGCCGGCUCCGAUGACAGCGGCGUCGAGACUCAGGUGCGAGUGGCCGUGAGUGGCAUCAAGGCCUACGUCGAGGAGCUGAGCAUUCCGUCCUCCAACACGUUCAUGACCGUCCUGCUGAUUGUCGCCAUUGUCAUCGCCUCUAUCGCCGUCAUCAUUCUUCUCGUCAAGCUCAUCCUGCUCUUGUACGGCACAUGGGUUCUGUACUGCAUAUUUCAGUUCACCACUGGCGAUUCGUGGGCUGCCAAGACCUUGGCUGGUGUGACACUUGCUCUCUUCACCGGCGUCCUGGCUUUCUUCGGAUACAAGAUCUUCACCACCGCGAAGAAGCUCAAGGAGGUGAACGGCGAUGCCAGUCAGUUGUACGAGAACAAGGACAUUUGGAUCAAGUACAGCCUGUUCUACGAGAACUACAAGAAGGACUACUGGUGGAUCUUUGUUCCCACCAUUCUCUACAUGCUGGCAAAGGGAAUCAUCUUGGCCGCUGGCGACAACCACGGAAUGGCCCAGAGCGUUGCCCAGCUCAUAGUCGAAGCUCUGAUGCUCUGCCUUCUUCUCUGGAACCGACCCUACGAGCGCAAAUCGGGCAACGUUAUCAACAUCACCAUCGCCGUGGUUCGUGUUCUCUCCGUUGCCUGCAUUCUCAUCUUCGUCGACGAGUUUGCCGUUUCCGAGACAACAUCUACCGUGACUGGCGUGGUCCUCAUCGCUAUCCAGGCCGCCCUGACUGGUGUUCUGGCCAUUCUGAUAGCCUGGAACGCUAUAAUUGCCAUCUGCAAGGAGAACCCUCACCGCAAGCGCAGAAAGGAGAUGGAGAAAAUGCGCGACCUCGACAACCUUACUCCUCUCGACGCCCGCAACUCCCUGUUGCUGGACCGCAAGGUCUCCCAUUCCGACUCGGACAACUUUUCCGUAGCCAAGACAAAGUUCGACACCAAGGAGAGCUACCGGCCUCUGAGCCCGUCGGGCGACGACCAGAGUCACGCCAACCUCGUCUCGCAUGCCGCACCACCAGGUGGCUACGAAGACCACUCGGCAGCGCCAGCACCGUAUGCCGACAACUCGUAUGGGCAUGGGCCUUACAGUCAACCAAGUGGCUAUAGCCAACAAACCGGCUACGGUCAACAGACGGGCUAUGGCGGUGGGUACAACAGUGGGUACAAUCGGGGUUACUAA